AGUUUACUCGUGUCAGCUAAUAUAUUUUUCCCUAAUGAGUAACUCACUGACAAAUGAGUUUGUUCGGUGUAGGCAAAAAUAUGCUUGCAUAUCAGGUUUUCCUACCGUUUGCGGAAAGAUUAGUCUAAAAUGUGAAAUUAGCAGAACGUGGUGUUAUUAGCCAUGGAUCUGUGUUAUCUUUUUUUCGGGUGUGUCGGUUUUAUUUUGGUCUUAUAUUGUGUGCUGGAGUUGCAUUAUUUUCUGCGUACGAUGGUAUGUGUGAUAUGGGCAAGAAUAACCAAGAAAAGGGUGUAUAUCCUGGACGAAACGAAAGUCGGAGGAAUAUGUCUGACCACCGAUAUAGACAAUCUACUGAAUCACAUGAACAAUGCUCGGUACAUAAGAGAACUGGACUUCGCCAAAAUUGAUUUCAAUGAGAGGACUGGCCUGUAUCAGAAAAUCAAGAGCUGCGGCGGUUCGAUCGUUUUAGGGGCAACCACAAUUAGAUACAGAAGAUUCAUAAAGCUAUUUAACAGAUACCACAUAACAACAAAGAUAGUCUACUGGGACGACCAGAACAUUUAUAUGGAGCACCGCUUCAUCACUCCAUCAGAGAACUUUAUAAAUGCUAUUGUUUUGUGCAAAACUAGACUGACCAACUGUAAUGCUGACCAAAUAAUAACGGAUCUCAUUGUCAGUUCUUCCAACUGCGAUGUGGAGUCAGCGAAAUCUCAAAAACCAGAGAUCUCUGCUGAACUUGCCAAAUGGAUAGAGAGCAAUGAAAUUUCCAGUGCUUUGUUGAGAAAAGUAUAGUUAGCCAAUAUUAAAAACAGUAUUUACUAAGAGUAUUUAUGAUAUGAGGUCUAUUUCUUUACUGUUUGAAGAAAAUAGAUUUAGUACUUACUUAUUAGAUAUC